GACACCGAGGCGAACGCGGCGAAACACGGAGUCGCGCGCCAGAACAGAACCGGCAACAUGGACAUGAUGGACAUGAUGGACAAACGAGCGGCAGCACUUCUUGCACUAUGGUGAAACAACAUGCUCAAGAUGCUGGAAGCGGGCUCCUACAUCGACAGAGCUCAUUCCAUGUCCGACAGCAGUUCCUUGGCUGUUCCCCACUUAGGUGCGGGCCUUGGUAUGGUGCCCCAGCAUGCCCUCACAUCCCUGGCAUCAGAAAGCUGCCAAAAAUUCCACUCUGGCCAGGCUCACGGGUCACACUCCAGCUCCCUGCUGGUGCCCCUGACCCUCUCUGACAGCCUGCUGUCACGUGCUGCCAGUGCGGGUGCCCUGUGCCAGCCAUACUCCCUGAGGCCUGAAGGCGGAGCUUCUUUGGAGAGGGGUGUGUCUGGGGAAACGUCUCUGCCGGGGCUUGACCCCGACAGGCCCGUGAGCCCUCAAGUGAUCAUGCGCCGCCGGGGCGGGCUCAUCGAGCAGCGGGACAUCAUCAUGGCCCACCAGGCACAUAAGAUUCAGAGCACCCCCCAGGCCCGGCGCAAGGAAUGGGAAAUGGCCCGCUUUGGAGACGACCUUCCCGGCGCGCUGGGGUCCGGGGACGGGGCCUCCGAGCUCAUCGACUGUCAGGGGUCGGCCGGCUCUGCGGCCGGAGGCUCGGCUACGCUCAAGCAGAACAAAGCGCAGAGAGCUCGCACCAUGGCCCUGUACAACCCCAUCCCUGUCAAGCAGAACUGCCUCACCGUCAACAGAUCCCUCUUCAUCUUCGCAGAGGACAACAUAGUUAGAAAAUACGCAAGAAAGAUAAUAGAGUGGCCUCCCUUUGAGUACAUGAUCCUGGCCACAAUCAUUGCCAACUGCAUCGUCCUGGCCCUGGAGCAGCACCUACCAGGAGAGGACAAGACGCCCAUGUCAAAGAGACUGGAAAAAACAGAGCCCUACUUCAUUGGGAUCUUCUGCUUUGAAGCAGGCAUCAAGCUGGUGGCUUUGGGGUUUGUGUUCCACAAGGGCUCCUACUUGAGGAAUGGGUGGAAUGUCAUGGACUUCAUCGUUGUGCUCAGUGGAAUUCUGGCUACAGCAGGUGCCCACAUGAACAUCCCAGUGGACCUGCGGACCCUGAGAGCAGUGCGAGUGCUGAGACCCCUCAAACUCGUCUCUGGAAUCCCUAGCUUACAAAUUGUCCUGAAGUCCAUCAUAAAGGCCAUGGUGCCCCUGCUCCAGAUUGGCCUGCUGCUCUUCUUUGCCAUCCUCAUGUUUGCCAUCAUCGGCUUGGAGUUCUACAGCGGCAAGCUUCACCACACCUGCCUGCCCUCACCUGGCAUACUGGAGAAUGAGACUGUGGAUUCAUCAGAUCUUGAAUUUGCAUGUGGGGUGAGGAAAUGCCCUGACAAGUACGACUGCAAUGGCACCUGGAUUGGUCCAAAUGAUGGGAUUACGCAGUUUGACAACAUCCUGUUUGCCGUGCUGACUGUCUUUCAAUGCAUCACCAUGGAGGGCUGGACUGCAGUCCUCUACAAUACCAACGAUGCCCUUGGCCCCCAAUGGAACUGGGUUUAUUUUAUUCCUCUUAUUAUAAUUGGCUCUUUCUUUGUGCUGAACCUAGUGUUGGGAGUCCUGUCAGGGGAGUUUGCAAAGGAGAGAGAAAGGGUGGAGAAUCGCAGGGCCUUCAUGAAGCUCCGGAGGCAGCAGCAGGUGGAGAGGGAACUCAACGGCUACCGGGCCUGGAUCGACCGUGCAGAGGAGGUUAUGCUCGCAGAGGAGAACAAAAAUUCUGGAACAUCUGCUUUGGAUGUGCUGAAAAGAGCCACCAGCAAGAAAAACCGCACGGAGGCUGCCCGCCGAGGAGAGGGGAAGUACGCAGAUAUAUCCUCGGCAGGUGUCCCUCGGGCACGAAUCAGCAUCCGUGGAGCCCGACGAGGACCUGCAGCUUACUUCCGGCGCAAGGAGCGUAUGCUGCGCAUAUCAAUCCGCCGCAUGGUGAAGACACACACCUUCUACUGGACCGUGCUCAGUCUGGUGGCUCUGAACACCAUCUGUGUAGCCAUUGUCCACCACAACCAGCCCGAGUGGCUCUCCAUCUUCCUGUACUAUGCAGAGUUUGUUUUUCUGGGUCUGUUUCUUAUGGAGAUGUUUUUAAAGAUGUACGGUCUGGGACCCAGACUCUACUUCCACUCGUCCUUCAACUGCUUCGACUGCGGAGUGAUCGUGGGGAGCAUUUUUGAGGUGGUGUGGGGAUUCUUCCGACCUGGUAUGUCUUUUGGAAUAAGUGUCCUGCGAGCUCUGCGUCUGCUGCGAAUCUUCAAGAUCACCAAGUACUGGGCCUCCCUCAGGAACUUGGUGGUGUCCUUAAUGAGUUCCAUGAAGUCCAUCAUCAGCUUGCUCUUCCUCCUCUUCCUCUUCAUUGUGGUCUUUGCUCUGCUGGGCAUGCAACUCUUUGGUGGGAGAUUUAUCUUUGAAGAUUAUACCCCUACAAAUUUUGACACAUUUCCAGCUGCCAUCAUGACUGUGUUCCAGAUUCUGACUGGUGAGGACUGGAACGAGGUAAUGUACAAUGGGAUCCGCUCCCAGGGUGGAGUGCAGUCAGGCAUGUGGUCCUCCAUAUACUUCAUUGUGCUCACAUUGUUUGGAAACUACACACUGCUCAAUGUUUUCUUGGCCAUUGCUGUGGACAAUCUGGCCAAUGCACAGGAGCUGACAAAGGAGGAAGAGGAGGAGGAGGAGUUUUUUAAUCACAAGCACGCCUUGCAGAAAGCCAAAGAGGUUGGGCCCAUGUCCUCCCUGAUGUCGUCAGACAGGAGGAGGCGACCGUACCUGUACAGGAAGCGGGCCAUACACAGGAGCAGGCCCGCAUACAUCGCCGAGGCAGAAGACCAGACUGAGGGAGGAGACGAGCAGCAGUUCAAUGCCUCUAACUCUUUCGUGACCAGGAGGGAGAGGAGGAAGCGCAUGACCAUGUCCGUGUGGGAGCAGAGGGCCAACCAGUUACGUAAGCGGCGGCAGAUGGCCAGCCGAGAGGUGCUCUUCAGCAGCCCCAGUGAUGACCUGGACCCGCCGGGUAGCUGCCACCACCAGCGCAAGGCCACGCAUGCUUCCAGCGGCAGCCUUGGACUCCUCCCCGAGUCACCCAUGUCCGUGGUCAUGCCUCUGCCUGAGUCACCCAUGUCUGUGGCCAUGCCCCUCCCAGAGCCCCCCAUGUCCAUUCCUGAUCCACCCAUGUCCAUUCCUGACCCACCCAUGUCCAUAGUCAUGCCCCUACAUGAUCCCCCAAUGUAUAUGGCUAUGCCCUUGUCAGACCCCCCUGAUUCUAAGCCCUUGCCACUGCCGGGGCCAGAGGACAGGCUUGGAGUAACCAACCACUGCCACCAAGAGGGCUGGAGGAGUCCCCGCUCAGGGGACAGAAGGCAGCGUGGAGCACGCAGGCUCCGCCCACCCCCUGGCAACUCAUUGGCACCUGAAGACGGAGCAAGACCCAGGAGACACAGGCACCGGGAGUCUCGGUCAGAAGCCAGAUUUCGGGAUGGGCAGAGGGAAGGACACCACUCCGGCAGCCAGGAGAGGAGACCGACAGAGGAGGGUGAAGAGAGAGAGGGAGAGGGCAACAAGGCUAAGAGUGUGGGAGGUGAUACCCAGGAAGAGACAAGUGAGGACCAGCAGAGGUUGAACAGCGGUGCUCUUGAGUUUUCAGCCUUUCCUGGCCCUCCAGAGACAAGGCCUAUGCUGGCCCCCUCACAGGCCCCAGAGCAAGAGGCAGAAGAAAGCCCUCAGGUGGGGGCCCCGGAGCAGGUGGCGCUGGUAAUGCCAGACUUAGAUGGAGGCACAGGCGAUACCGAAAAUGAAGCUGCUUCCCUGAACCGCCAGACAUCGGACCCAAGUUCCAGUGUUGUGGUUGAGAUGGCAGGGGGGCAAACACUAAUGGAGCUGGCUCCCAUGACAGGGAACAAUAAGGAUAUUGAGGCUGAUAAUGAUGAGAAGGAGAAAGAAGAGGAAGAUGGGGAAGAAGAGGAAGUAAAACCUGUACCCAAAGCUGUGCCACCGGAUAGCAUGUUCAUCUUCAAGGCUACCAAUCCGAUCAGAAGAAUUUGUCAUUAUGUGGUGAACUUGCGGUACUUUGAGAUGUCCAUCCUGCUGGUCAUUGUGGCCAGCAGCAUUGCCUUAGCUGCAGAAGACCCUGUGUCCACCAACUCAGAAUGGAACAAAGUGCUCCGCUACUUUGACUAUGUCUUCACAGGAGUCUUUACCUUUGAGAUGAUAAUUAAGAUGAUUGACCAAGGUUUGAUCUUACAUGAUGGCUCAUACUUCCGUGACUUGUGGAACAUUCUGGACUUCAUUGUGGUUGUAGGAGCUCUGAUUGCCUUUGCCCUCACGAAUUUGAUGGGGAAUAACAAAGGCCGUGACAUCAAGACCAUCAAGUCCCUGCGUGUCCUGAGAGUUCUGCGUCCCUUGAAGACCAUAAAGCGACUCCCGAAACUUAAGGCUGUAUUUGACUGCGUGGUAACCUCACUCAAGAAUGUUUUCAAUAUCCUCAUCGUCUACAAGCUCUUCAUGUUCAUAUUUGCCGUCAUUGCUGUGCAGCUAUUCAAGGGAAAGUUUUUCUACUGCACAGAUGGAUCUAAAGACACCCAGAAAGAGUGCCAAGGGUACUACAUUGACUAUGAAAAGGACAAGAAGGAAGUAAAGAAGAGAGAGUGGAAGAGACAUGAGUUUCACUAUGACAGCAUCGUCUGGGCUUUGCUCACCUUGUUCACUGUGUCCACUGGGGAAGGAUGGCCACAGGUUCUGCAGCACUCUGUGGAUGUGACAGAAGAGGACAGAGGGCCCAGCCGAGGGAACCGCAUGGAAAUGUCUAUUUUCUAUGUGGUCUACUUCGUGGUCUUCCCUUUCUUUUUUGUCAACAUCUUUGUCGCCCUCAUCAUCAUCACCUUCCAGGAACAGGGAGACAAGAUGAUGGAGGAGUGUAGCUUGGAGAAGAAUGAGAGAGCGUGCAUAGACUUCGCCAUCAGCGCCAAGCCCCUGACCCGCUACAUGCCCCAGAAUAGACAGACCUUUCAAUACAGACUGUGGCACUUUGUGGUCUCUCCUUCCUUUGAGUACACCGUGCUUGCCAUGAUAGCCCUCAACACUGUCGUCCUAAUGAUGAAGUACCACUCCGCUCCUGCAGCAUAUGACACGGUCUUAAAACACCUGAAUACAGCCUUCACCGUGCUCUUCUCUCUGGAGUGUAUCCUGAAGAUCAUGGCAUUUGGCUUUGUGAAUUAUUUUCGAGACACAUGGAACAUUUUUGACUUCAUUACAGUACUGGGCAGCAUCACAGAAAUAAUAGUUGAUUUACAGUCAGUGAACACCAUCAAUAUGAGCUUUCUAAAGCUCUUCCGGGCAGCCAGGCUGAUUAAACUGCUCAGACAGGGUUAUACCAUCCGCAUCCUGCUGUGGACAUUUGUACAGUCAUUUAAGGCCCUUCCAUAUGUCUGUCUGCUUAUUGCCAUGCUAUUCUUCAUAUAUGCAAUUAUCGGGAUGCAGGUAUUUGGGAACAUCAAGCUGAAAGAUGAAAGUCACAUUAACCAACACAACAACUUCAAGAGUUUUUUCAGUGCCCUGAUGCUGCUGUUCCGAAGUGCCACAGGAGAAUCCUGGCAGGAGAUCAUGCUAUCUUGUUUGGGGGGACAGGAGUGUGAGCCAGACCCUUCCAUUGCCCCUCCUUUCAUCUCCCCAGAUCACGAGGGUGGCUGUGGCACCGAUUUUGCCUAUUUCUAUUUUGUUUCCUUCAUCUUUUUCAGCUCCUUUCUGAUGCUGAAUCUGUUCGUAGCUGUGAUCAUGGACAACUUUGAGUAUCUGACACGAGACUCCUCCAUCCUGGGCCCUCACCACCUGGACGAGUUUGUGCGCAUUUGGGGGGAGUAUGACCGCGCUGCCUGUGCAAGGAUUCACUAUAUGGACAUGUACAAAGUAGUGCGAUCCAUUUCACCUCCUCUGGGCUUUGGAAAGAACUGCCCCCACAGGGUGGCCUGCAAGCGUCUAGUGCUUAUGAACAUGCCAGUGGAUGAAGACAUGUCCGUCCACUUCACUUCAACCCUUAUGGCUUUAAUCAGGACUGCUCUGGAAAUCAAAAUAGCAAGAGGAGGAGAAGACCGUGGGCAACUGGACACUGAGCUACAGAAGGAGAUCAGCAUAAUUUGGCCUCAUCUGUCUCAGAAAACCUUGGACACACUGGUGCCAGUGAGCAAACCUGAUGACAUGACAGUUGGGAAAAUCUAUGCAUCAAUGAUGAUCAUGGAUUAUUAUAAGCAGAGCAAGGCUAAGAAGCUCAGGCAAAAGCUGGAGGAACAGAAGCCAGCUCCGAUGUUCCAGCAAAUGGAUGCAUCUUCUCUUUCCCAGGACAUCCUGACUGGCCCCUUUCUGUCCCACAGUGCAGGUUCAGCUCUGACAAGGGGGGGUUUUGUGGCUCUUAGCCCCAUCUCGCAGGAGCUCUUUAUGCAGCCUAUGUCGUCAGAUGUUGAGGAUAAUGAAGAUUUCCAUGGCUACCGCUCUCUGCAGGUGGUGAUGGAUCGAAGCUCCGUGAAGCGCUCCUUCUCCACUAUCGCUGACCAGCGUGUCAAUGGGCUGUGGAUGGACGAGCACUCCCUGGAAAGGGAUAGCCCUGAGCGGUCAUACAGACCUCGGCAAAAGAGCUACAGGGGCUCCAGGGCAGAGCACCGGCAGCAGGGUGACAGAGACCGGGGCCGAUCGAGGGAGCGUCUCCACCUGCUCUCCCCCGACGUGUCACGGUGCAGCUCUGAGGAGCGUGGCCAGGAGCGCUCACGUUCCCCAAGUGAGAGUCGGGCGCAUGGUGCCGACAAACAGGGAAACAGCUCAGACAGCCCAGUCCCCUCCACCUCAGAGUCCAGCACCCCCAGCAGCCGGCGCCAUGGCCACACACCUUCGCGUGCCCGCCCCCAUAUCUCCUACUCACCUCUGGUGUGUCACACGCACCCCUGCUCGCCUGUGGACGAUGGCCCACGGACCCGAGAGACGGAGUGCACCGAUGCCCCCUGGGGCAUGGGAGAUGAGGCCUCUGGGGUGGGGCAGGAAGGAGCAGGCAGCCGCAGCUCAACGCCACGCCGGUACAUGGCGGAGCCAUACCUCUCCCUGCAGGAUGAUGACAACAACAGCCCCGACUCGGCUGGCCUGGAGGAGACACUGACCUUCGAGGUGGCUGUGGCCACCAGCUUGGGCCGCUCCAAUACCAUAAGCUCUGCAACCCAGAUGCGCCAGCGAUGGCAGGUUCCCAAUGGGCACUUCCGCAAGCGCCUAACCCAGACCAGUUCGCUGGCCGGCUGUGAGCUCUUUGGUGACACCAAUGAGGAGGACCGCUGCUAG